GUCCUGCCAGGGAAGGGACACCAGUCACCCCGGGAGCUGAGCACCAGCAGCGCCAGGGCAGAGGAGCUCGGCUGGGUCCUGCCUGCCCCGGUGGCACCCACAGCCCCAGCACAGCCGAUGCCUCCAGGACAGCGUGCCGAGCCCCAGCCUGCAGCAUGUCCCAGCUCUCCUCCACCCUGAAGCGCUACGUGGACUCCUCGCGCUACGCCGAGAGCACCUACAGCAAAGCGCCCAGCGGCUACAGCUCCUACAGCUCCUAUGGGUCCACCCUGUCCACCGCCUACGCCGACAGCGACAAAAUCGGCUUCAAAGCCAGCUACCUGCCCUCCCCCCGCUACCACCACGCUGGGGGGCUGUCCCCCACCUCUGGCUAUGACAGCGGCCGGCUGUACCCCGACCCCAGCAUCCGCCUGGCCACCCUGCCGCCGUCGGGCACCCGCUGUGCCAGCCAGCCCUGCGAGAGGAGCGAUGAGCACUGCGAUGUGUCCGCACAGGACCCCACGAGCUCCAAGGCCGUGCAGGGGCUGACCGGCCUGCGGAACCUCGGCAACACGUGCUUCAUGAACUCCAUCCUGCAGUGCCUGAGCAACACCAAGGAGCUGCGGGAUUACUGCCUGCAGAACCAGUACCUGCGGGACCUCAACAACAACAGCCGCAUGCGCACGGCGCUCAUGUCAGAGUUUGCAAAGCUGAUUCAGCUGCUCUGGACCUCGUCCCCCAACGAGAGCGUGAGCCCCUCCGAGUUCAAGACGCAGAUCCAGAGAUACGCCCCACGCUUCGUCGGCUACAACCAGCAGGAUGCACAGGAGUUCCUGCGGUUCCUGCUGGACGGGCUGCACAGCGAGGUGAACCGCGUGCUGGUGCGGCCCCGGGCCAGCACCGACACCCUGGAUCACCUCCCUGACGACGAGAAGAGCCGGCAGAUGUGGAGGAGGUACCAGGAGAGGGAGGACAGCCGCAUCAGCGACCUCUUCGUUGGGCAGCUGAAGAGCUCUCUGACCUGCAGCGAGUGCGGCUACUGCUCCACAGCCUUCGACCCCUUCUGGGACCUGUCCCUGCCCAUCCCCAAGAAAGGCUACGGGGAGGUGACGCUCAUGGAUUGCCUCCGGCUCUUCACCAAAGAGGACGUGCUGGAUGGGGACGAGAAACCGACGUGUUGUCGCUGCAAAGCCAGGACAAGGUGCACAAAAAAAUUCAGCAUCCAGAAGUUCCCCAAGAUCCUGGUGCUUCACCUGAAGCGCUUCUCCGAGUCCAGGAUACGAAGCAGCAAACUCACCACCUUCGUCAACUUCCCGCUGAAGGACCUGGACCUGCGGGAAUUCGCCUCGCAGAGCUGCAACCACGCCGUUUACAACCUCUACGCCGUCUCCAACCACUCGGGCACCACCAUGGGGGGACACUACACAGCCUACUGCAAGAGCCCCGUGUCCAGCGAGUGGCACACCUUCAACGACUCCCGCGUCACCCCAAUGUCCUCGNUGGAU